AUGAUACAUCUCGAUCGGAAUCAUCCCUCUCCUAUCGCUCACCAUCCCAAAGGCAAUUUGAUUCUUGCAGAUUCCAACCACGCUGAUCAGCACCCAAUCCUCUCUUGGUCAGCGCCCGCUCGUGACGACCGUGCUUUCUACCAAGACCACCAGGACCAGUUCCUGAAAGACAUCUCUUCAAAGCCCGCCAUACAGACCGAAAACCCCGCCAUUGUCAAAGACGCUCCCUCCAUUCCCUCCUCCGCCUUGGGGCCCGUUACCCCAGGCGACGCCGAAGACCCCAAACUCCCUGGUCCCUCACCCAGCAGCCCUGCUGAUGCCCCUUCGCCCAUCGCGGACAGCAGUUCUUCGCUUUCUCCACCGCCAGAGACUGCGACGCCCGCUCCAGCAGACCCCGACCCGGUCGAUGGACCUGCACCGGAGAUGACGGCGGAAGGGGCAGAUGAGCGGCCGGUAGAGACACAGGGCGAGAGCAGCGGCGAGGUUGACAACGAGGUUGACAGAGCGUCGCGUCAGUCUACACCUCUCAGUGAGCUCUCAUCUGCUCCAGACCUUGAUGAGGACAGCGAGAUGAAGGCUGCGGAGGAAGUCGCCCGACCGUCAUCGAAGGAUGGCACGACUGGUGAUGCGUCUUCGCAUGAGACAAAGGCCGCCCAAAAGCCUGCCCCAGUGAAGGCUCAGUCCGAGGCGUCUUUGUCAAAACCAGCGACUUCCGGAGAAGGCGCUGCACCAGCAUCAUCCUCCCUCCUGGCUAACGACCCUCCUGCGCAGUCUUCGACUGAUCAGACCCCAGCGAUUUCAGAUGGUUUCCAUAAUUUGUCAAACCCAGCAGGCCCCCAUGCUCAACAUGUCUCCUUGCCUAAUGACACCAGCCGACCGUCGAGUAGUCAGUUCCUAUCUAGUAUGCAACACCCACUACCCUUCUCCGGUCACCACGCUUCUACUUCUACGCUCGAUCCCAAAGUCGUUGCGAUCUUGGAGCUGAACAUGCAUUUACUGAGUGUAUGUAUGGCAUAUCAAUCCCAGGGAGUGGCGUUGGCGGAACCACGAAUUCAGCAGUAUUCAUCACGGCUACAGUCGAAUUUGACCUGGCUUGCAGCCGCUGCAGACGAAAAUCAGAAGGGGAGCCGGAGCGUAGUGGGCCUUCCUCACCUGCAACCUCCACCUGUGCUGGACUUUGGUCCGAUGGAGCGGAUACAGCAGAUCUACUCAGAGUUGCCGACCAUCUUCGCAAACGAGAUCUCACGGAAACAGAACAUGGGCGUCUCCACGAACACGCCUUUACUGCAGCUUCCCCUUCCCAAUGGUAAGUUGAAGCGAGAUCGACCAGACGAAGCGGCCUUGGAUCCCUCCAACAAGCGGCGCGAUACCGGUGAGACAAAGAUACCAACCCCCAUCAUCCCCCCCACGCCGAUGACCCAUCAAACCCUACUACCCAACCUUGCGCCCCAGAUAACAAGCCCAAAUAGUAUGCACCAGCUGCGCGCCGAUUCGUCGGCUGCAAUGAGGAGCCCCUCCAUGCCACCGCCAUCUGUCCCUUCAGCGUUGAACUCGAAUGCGACCGAGGCGCAGCUCUUUGCUGCCCACACUCGACAAGUGCAAAUGCGGCAGGCCAUGCAGCAGCAACAGCAACAUCAACAACAGCAACAGCAGCAACCGGCUGAGAGCAGUCGCCAGAUGUCGCCUCUGCAACAGCAAGCGAUGACAAUGCCCAACAUCGCAGGUCCCUCGUCGAUGUCAGGCAUGUCCCAACAGAACGCUGCCGCCUUGGCUGCUAUUGGGCCACACGCAAGGCAGCAUUUGCAGCUUCUACAGAACUACCCGAACCAUCCAAUGGUGCAGUACCUAGUGCAGCAGGUGCCUGGGUUCACGUCUCUCCCGUUGGCACAGCAAUUGCAGAAAAUGCACUUGGCACAGACGGCAUUGCAGGCGCGGAACCAACAACAGCAGCAAAAUCAACGGGCGGCCGCGCAACAGGCGUCAGCCGCUGCUGCAGGAUUCCCCCAGGCGGGCAUGUCGUCGUUUACCUCUGGUGGAAUGGCAUCGGGUCAAAUGCCUCAGGGUGGCAGCCCCACACGCGUAUCUCCUGUCUCGCAGCAGCACUCUCCCAUACCAGGCGGGCAACAGCUUGGCGGAUUUCCUUUCACAAACCACGGGCCAAAUCAGCAGAUGGACGUACGAACAGCGACUGCCGCUGCCGCCGCCGCAGGCUUCACGCCCCAGCAGCAGGCCGCCUUCGCGAGCAUGACCCCCCAGCAGCGGCAGCUCUUUAUGAUGCAGCAGCAGAUGAUGCGGAGCGGGAACGCACCGAACCAGUCCAUGAUGAACCCGCAGAUGAUGGCUGCGGCCCAGGAACGUAUGCGGCAGGAGCAACGGAUGGUCCAAGCGGGCAUGUCGCACCUCCCUGGUUCGCCCAUGAUGGAUGGCGUAGGGUCGUUCCCUGCUCUUCGCUCUAACCCGAGUGUCCCUGGCAUUGCUCGGAGUGCCCGAACCCCGUCAGAUUCGGCGCCAUCACCAGUCGCACAGCAGAGGCUGCCUGGUCAAGGACAAGACGACCUGCAGCGGGCGAUGCUAAUCCAACAGGCGCAGCGGGGCAUGACACCUCAUCUGCAGAAUACGAGUGGCUUCCCACAGAUGAACGGCGGGAUGCUCAACCAGGGUUGGCCGCAGAAUAAUCAACAGCAGUCACAGAUGUCCCACAACCUGGGCUCGUACGGGAUGUCACCGCCGGGCAGUGCCAAUCCCGCUCAUGGCGGCGGUGGAGGGUUCGGCAUGGGUGGUGGUGGUGGAUUGCCAGGAGGCCUGCCGUCUCCUGCUGGUAGUAACCUCAGUCACGUCUGGACGCAAAAUGCCGUGAACGGACAGUAUCCGUACGUCGCAGCAUCGCCUUCCGCGAGCCAGCAUCAUUCCGAUCCUGGGAUGACACCACGACAGGCGUCGGCGACGCCUGCCCCUCACAUGCCACAAAAUAGCCCUGGGGCCGAUAUGAGCGAGUUCGAACUGUUCAACUGGGCUGUGGCACCAAACGACAUGGUAUUCACAAACUUGACAUCCUCCGACAAGGAUGCGUUCUUCGCACUCCUGGACGAAUAUUUCUCAUCACGACCUGAUCUGCUGGGCGGCGCGGGCACGGGCCCAGCGAACUUAAACACGCCUGCAAACAGGGCCGUAGCAGCGUCUGCGGUGCAUCAUGUACUCUCCAAUACCAGCCCACAGGACGCAGCGGCUGCUGUUAAUCGCUGGAGGAAGCCAAGUCCGGCUGCGGAUGCUUCGAACUCGGUGUCCAACUCUGAUUCUAUGGGCAGCUCUGUCGGUCGAGUUGCAGCAGCAGCAGCAGCUUUCCAGAACAGCAACUCCAGCACCAUGGGGGGGCCACCCCGUCCACCUCCUCGCCGAUCGCCGACCUCCGAGGAAGCCCCUCCCGAGCACAACAAACUCCUUCCGAACAGGAAAUUCGGCGACGUCGAUCUCUCCUCGGGGAAGGCGAUGUACUCCUCGCUCCGACACUCCGCGGCGGCCAAGUCCGCAACACCUCCCCAGGUAGCCCCUCCGACGCCCUCCGCGUUCCCGAAGAAGAAGACCAACUUCAUCCCGCCGCCUGUUAGGCGUACAACUACCGCCGAGCCGUCUGCGACCUCGCCACCGCCGCCUCCCGCUCCACCGCCAAGGGAACGUCCAGAUGAGGAGCCCGAAGGUGAGAUCGCGGAGGCCUUGUACGAUUUUACCAGCGAGGAUCCAGGAGAUCUUGAACUCCAGGCUGGCGAGCGGGUCCUCAUCGUUGAGAGGACAUCUGAUGAUUGGUGGACUGGCGAGAUUGCGGGCAGGAGGGGCCUCGUACCGGCCGCAUAUGUCAGGGUAUAUUGA